UAACAAAUGAGGGAAAAAAAUAUUGUAAUCGGAGAACUCGAUUUGACACACAUCCAGCGAAAUAGUAUAAAUAGACAUUAUGCUGCUUUUGUAACUUCACUCAUUAGUUUUCGCUGGAAAUUAAAGCGCAAACUAAAAUGAAGUUCAAAAUAAUACUGUUUUGCCUAACGGCCAGCACUUUCGGGAAUACCAUAAGCCCAUGGAAAAGUCACGAUAGCCAUAAAGACGCUGGGUGGUUUUUAGAUGCUGACAAAGAUACUAUUGAAGUCAGAGAAAUUAGUGUUUGUAAUACUCCAGAAUGCAUAACUUUUGCUAAUGACCUUUUGAGCUCAAUGAAUAAAUCAGCUGAUCCAUGUCAGAAUUUCUAUGAACACACAUGCGGAUCAUUUUUAAAAAGUCAUCCUCUUCCUGCUUAUAGUGGAAUAUGGAGUAGACUUUUGAUGUUUCAAGAAUGGGUUUAUGAACGAUUGAAAGUAAUUUUGGAAACACCUGCUGUGCCGGACGAUAUUUUGCCAGUGAGACAGGCCAAGAAAUGGUAUCAGUCUUGUAUGGAUUCAGAGACACUCGAAAAACGAGGCUUAGAUCCGAUAGAAUCUGUUUUGAUGCAAGUUGGAGGCUGGCCGAUGACUAUUGACGCCGAAGAAUGGGACGAAACUGAGCAUCCGUGGCAGCGAAUUGAGCAGCACUAUUUUGAAAUCACUGGUUCUUAUAUAUUCUACAAAUUUACGCCUGUUUGGUCAAACACGUCCCUGAUUAAAGUAGAGAAAGGCGAUCUUCCACUCCUCAAUAAGCUUCCGUUUGAAUUCAAAAAUUAUGAAGGAGACGAAUAUGACAAUUACAAGGCAUUCAUUUCGGCCGUAGCUCUACUUUUUGUUCAAUACAACAGCGCAAAUGUUUCUAUUGACAAAAUUUUCGAAGAUGUCAGCGAUUUGAUUGAGUUUGAAAAACAAUUAAGUUUGAUUGCAAACGAGGUAGGCGAGGAUGCCGAGAUUGUCAGCAGUAUGGCAGAGUUUCAAGCUUGGUACGAUGAAAAUACAACCGAUCAAGGCAACAAAGUUACGGUGAAGAAACUAGUCAGAAGAUUAUUGGAAACAGUAAAUCAUGACCCAGAAAGUAUCAAGUAUUUAUCAGCAGCCAGUAUGGCGUAUUUUGUUAAAUUGCACGAACUAAUGAACAAAACUCCCAAGCGAACUAUAAUAAAUUAUAUCCACUGGGAUUUUGUAUGUGAGAUGCUUUCGUCAACGACCGAAGAAAUGCGAGAUGCAUUUUUUGACUUAAAGAGCAAAGAGAUUGGAGUCACGGCAAGAGAGCCGCGCUGGGUCGAAUGUGCAAAAGAAAUAAAAAUGCUCAAAGCAAAUGGAUACGCAUUCGCUGAAAAAUAUUUUUCCAAAGACGUCGAUACUAAUGUUAGAAGUAUGGUUGACAAUGUAGGCGAGGAAAUGAAAAUACAGAUAAAGGGAUCAGAUUGGCUGGAUGAAGCUACUAAAAAAAUUGUUACCGACAAAAUAGACGAUAUGGGAUCAUUUGUAGGCACUCCUGAUUGGUAUAAAAACAGAACAUACGUUCUAAAUUCAUACAAAGGGCUUGUUAUCAGCAACAAUCACUUUGAUAAUGUACUCAGUUAUAAAAAAUAUGAAAUGAGAGAAAAAUUACGCAAGGCAUUGUCCGGCAAACAACCCGAAGAAGGUGACGCGGAAGUAGACAUACUUGAAGUUAAUGCAUUCUAUGAUCCGUACUCCAAUACUAUAAUUAUACCUGUUGCCUUCUUGCAGCCCCCAUUUUUUACUUCAAGUCUUCCCAAUAACGUUAACUACGGAAUGAUUGGAUCAGUGAUCGGACAUGAAUUAGGACACGCCUAUGACAUCAACGGGUUGAAAAUAGGUCUAGAACAGAAACAUCUCAAACUAUCUACGGAGAUAGCGGACAUGUAUAAACAACGCGCGGGAUGUUUCAUCGAUCAAUUUAAAGAAUACUUUAGGGAGCCGAAGCCUCAUGACGGAACUGCUUCCGAAGCCAAAGAAGAAAAACUAAGUCGUCAGACUCAAGGAGAAAAUAUGGCAGACACGACAGGGUUGAACGCAGUUUUCGAUGCCUGGAAGAGGAUGAAGGCAACGAAAGGUUCUGAUAGUAGACUACCUGGUUUUGAAAAGUAUUCCGACGAGCAAAUGUUCUUCAUUGGAUUUGGAGCCUUGUGGUGCACAGAAGCUACGGAAGAGUAUGCGGAAGCCAUAAAGGACCAAGAUGAACACAGUCCCGCGAAUUUAAGAGUCCUCGGCGCAAUUUCAAAUAGCGAGGAGUUUGCUCGUGCUUUCAAUUGCCCGAAAGGCAGCACGAUGAACCCCGAAAAGAAAUGUGAUAUUUGGUAAAGUAUUGAGACACAUACUGAUCCCAAAAAACUAAUCGAGGACGCAAGCACAAGAGACAUCAUCCCUGGGUUUUUUAUUGGUCAAGAGAUUAUCAUUAAUUGAAAUAUUUCAUUUAUCAAUAAAAUAUAUGUUGAACUAUGAUCUUUUAAUAUCAAUACAUGUAUAUAUAUACAUUUAAAUAAAAAAUAAUACAUC